AUGAAUCACAUUCAUAAGCCCAUCCUUGCGACAGAAGACGACGGGUCCGCCGCCUGUUCUCCUCUCCGUCCCAACCAGACGCCAAUGCAGCUUGAAUUAUCUGAUAUUGUCGAGAUCCCUAUCAGUUCUCAUCUCGUUUGUAAUUCCAUGAAACAGCACAAAGAAUGGCCUACAAGUCGAAAUGAAUCCAACCACUUGCCGUACAACCAUGAUGCAGUGCACGCUAUCACUUCUCACAAGGUAGACUGUACAUGUAACAUUGUGGGAAUAAACAGUGGUGUUGAGUCAAAGAAGAGACAAGCGCCCAACACCCUCUGCCGCACAACACAAAGGUCAGGCGGCCCAUUCUUUGAGUCUACAGACCACUUCACGCCAAGUGCCGCGAAGCUCCGGCGCGUAGCUCUCACCUCCAGCUAUCCGUGCCACGCCCCACAUAAGCAUCUUCCUACUUUCCUAGAUUCCGACUUCACUCCCAACGGACCUUCCAACAGAUCUUCCAACCAAUCCUCAGGUGAAUCAACGCAUCAUUCCAGGUCGCAAGCACAUUGGCUGGAAACCGGACCAGCUACGCCAUUUUGGAUUGAGCAUUGCACCUUGAACGCCCAAAAGAACCAUCACAUCCAGACCUAA